AUGCUCGUGAGCAUUAAUCCGAAGUAUACGAAAAUUACAGACGAUCCGUUCCCAGCAGUUACCAUUUGCAAUCUUAAUCAAGCGUAUAAAGCAAAGGUUCAGCAAUUUUCAAUCGAUUCGUACGAAUAUACCAAAACACAAAUGCUCUGCAAGCGUGAGGUCAAUCUAACGGUAGCUGAUGCCAUUAAGGAUUGGAGUGAUUUGAGAGAUUUUAUACACGAAAUCUCACAGCCCUGCAGUAAAAUGCUACUGAAAUGUAAAUACGCCGGAGUAAUCUUUAACUGUACAGAACUUUUUCGCCCCAUUAUCACUGACAAUGGACUUUGCUGCACCUUCAAUAUGAUAGAUCCGAAAUUUAUGUUCCGGGAUUUUAACAGCAAAGCGUAUAUUUAUUUGAAUUAUAACUAUCCCGAAGGAUACGUGCCAGUUGAUUGGAGUUCAGAGGCAGGUUAUCCUAACGAUUUACCCGAAAAAUUCAUACCAAUGAAAAGUGUAGGCACAGGCGAAAGUGUAGGACUCGGCCUAAUACUGGAUGUUGAAAGCGAGGAAUAUUACUGUUCAGCAUCAGAUAGCAUUGGUUUUAAAAUCCUACUACACAAUCCACUCGAAGUGCCGAACAUGCACGAAAUUGGUCUUUUACUUUCGGCUGGACUAGAGACGAAAAUUCGCAUACAACCCGAAAAAGUCGAGUCGGAAAAGUACCUUCGUUACAUCAACAAAAAUGCACGAAAAUGCUUAUUCGAAAACGAAAAGCGUUUGAAAAUGUAUAUUGAAUAUACGCAACGGAAUUGUGGUAUCGAAUGCUGUGUCGCCGAAAUAUUAGAAAAGUGUGGCUGUGUGCCGCACUACGUGCCAAAGUUUUCCGGCAAUGAAACCACAUGUAGCAUGAGUGCGUACAAAUGUGCUGAACGGACUCGUAUAGAAACAAUGCUAAUAGACAACAUGAGAAGAGAUUGCUCCGAUGUCUGCCUACCAUCUUGCAAUGAUCUCUCCUAUAUGCCGACAUUAUUCUCUGCACCCUUAAUUCUUUCCGGCUUUCAAAAUGAUAAUAUCAAAGCAAAUAUUAGCAAUACUUAUUUGGAGAAAAAUAUUGCUGUUGUGAAUAUUUACUUUAAAGACACUAUCUACAGGAGCCAGAAAAAUUCGGAUUUUAUUGGAAUAACGGAUUUUUUAUGUGAGACAUUAUAA